ACCUGGUGCCGGCAGGAGAUAAGGAUUUCUCUUAACACCCAACACCGGCCCAGCCUGUCAGUACACACUGGAGGAGGAAAACCAGAAAUGGGAAAGUUUAGUGCAGAAAUGCCCUAAAUAAGUCCUACCCCCCAGUGAUCAGGAAGCUGUGCUGCAAGGCUGAGCUGGGAGAGGAAUGGGACAGGCUGGUUGGUGGCAGUGAAUGUCGGUGAUGAGUUGUGGAGGGGGAGGCGGUGGGAACCUGAACCUGAAGCAGAGUUGGCAGAAAUGGGCAGAUGAUCACAGAGAGUCCCAGCGCCGCAACCCCUUCAGCGGCUCCCAUUCAGUGACCGAGAGGCUGCGGCCAGGAGAGCAGGGAUACGGGCUCCCCACCCAGGGCUCCCAGACCGAGCAGAGAGGGAGAGAGGCGCACUCCCAGGUGGGGAAAGAGAUGGACGAGCUGCGGGGCAUCAUCAAAAGGAUCGGAGAAGCCGGGCCGGACGGGAAAACUCGUGUCACCUUCGGACGCUUGUUUGAUGCCUAUGUGACAAUCUCUAACAAAGUGGUGGGCAUCCUGUUACGGGCCAGGAAACACGGUCUGGUUCAUUUUGAUGGAGAGAUGCUCUGGCAAGGGAGAGACGAUCAGCUCCUCAUCACACUGGUAGAUUGAAGAGACUGAAUUUCCAGAGUUUGUGUCCCAACAAAACGUUGGCAUAUGUUUUAUGAAAUUGCACAUCUUGAUAACCUGUAAGAGAGUGAAAAUGCACUUUUGGUCGGAAUUUAUUUACAGUGGCCCUUGCAAUUGCUUUUGAGAUUUCUUUUAAAAAAAAGAUAUUAAAAAACAUGCUCUAUAA